AUGCUGCUCUACCAACGCAUCCACCAGCGCUGUCCCCCGCCCCAGGUGCUCGACACCCUCCUCGCAGACCCCGCCCCGCUGUCGGCCCCCGAGUUCGUCGCGCAAUUCGCCCGCGUGCGCGCCCGCAACCCGCACUACGCCAAGACGCUCGUCAAGGCCCUGAUCGACAACUGGCCUGCCAUUGACCAGGCCGUGCCCAUCGACCCCGGCCCCACGCACCCCGUGUACCUCGACGAGUGGCUCUACGAGCAGUACGUCGAGCUGCUGCCCGUCCCGCCGCCCGGCCCCACGGCCUCCGACCUCAUCACCUACACCUUCGGCCCCGUCGCGCUCGACAUCCACGAAACGCCCCACCUGAUCUGCGCCCAGGGCACCACCGGCCUGCGCACCUGGGAGGCCGCACUGUACCUGUGCCAUUACUUACAGCAGCACCAGAACGAGCACGGCCCGGAUGGCCCCGGUCACGUGACCUCCGCCCUCGAGCUCGGCGCCGGCACCGCGCUCGUGAGCCUCGUGUGGGCCCAAUUGAACUCCACGCGCGACUUCAGCCUCUACGUCACGGACGGCGACCGCAGCCUCGUCGACACCUGCGCCAAGCCCAACUUUGACCGUAACGGGCUUGUCGGCCCGCGGUUCCACUUCCAAAAACUGUGGUGGGGCGCCGAUCCCGUGCCCAAAGUCGACCUUGUCCUCGCUGCAGACGUCACCUACGACUCAGCCGCCGUCCCGCACCUCGUGGCCUGUGUGGCCACCGCGUUGCAUCAGGGUGCCCACCACGCUCUCGUGGCGGCCACCUUGCGCAACUCAGACACCAUUCGAGUGUUUGAAGCCGCGUGCUCCGCUGCAGGGCUCAACUGCACUGUUCUACAGUCCACAGAAACCUCCGAUCCAACCGAGUUCGUGCGCAAUUGCACUUUCAAGCCUCUCAUCGCCCCCAUCCGAAUCUACGAAAUUACUCUUUGCAGCCGCUAA